UCACAGACACUGUAUUACCAUCAUCAUCAUUUGUCUUCCUUUCUUUCGUGUCUGUUUUCUGGUGUUAUUACAUUCAUGACAAAAACGAAAAUUAACGAAAAUUAAAGAAAAUUAACGAAAAUUACUAAAUUUUCAUGAUGAACACCAAUAAAGAUAAUAAUAAUAAUCACCAUUAUUACAGUUUUUAUAAUAAUAAUCAAUUUAAUGUACCGUCUUCAACAGCAACAACAACAAACAAAAACCGAAUUGAUGUUGUGGAUAAUGUUUCGAAAACAACAACAACAACAGCAACGUUAAUGAUGCAGCAAAAUCAAUUCACAUUUCGUUUGAAUCCACCAUCACCAUUACCAUCGACAAUAAAAACAUUGUUUAAUGAUGAUAAUGAUGAUAAUGAUGAUAAUGAUAAUGAUAAUCAACAAAAUCAUCAUCAUCAUUACAGAAACAUAAAUAGUGGUAAUGGAAUUCAUAAUAAUAAUGAUUCGAACAAAUUUCUCAAGUCAUCCAUUGCUUCUAAUAACGGUAGAACUGCCACUAAUAAUGAUGAACAACGACGACAUAUGUCAUCGUACGGAAUCGACAUCGAUGAUGAUGAUGAUGAUGAUGAUGAUGAUGAUGAAGAUCAUCAUCAUCCGUCGAAUAUUCGACAACCUUGUGCCAAUAAUAAUGAUAAUGGUGAUAAUGUUAAAAAACAGACAACAAAAUUAUUUCAAUCAAAAAUUUUCAAUAACAUCAACGAAGACGACGACAACGACGACGACAUUAUGAAGGUGAUACAGGAUAAAUAUAAUCAAAUACAACAAUAUUUUUCACAAAUAUGUUCCACAAAUAAAACCGGUUCAUGGGGACAAUUUUUUUCAAAAAAACAUUUCAAUUUUCCAGCAUCAUUAUCGGAAAUUGCCAAAAGAUGUCCAGAUAAUUUACAGAUUUAUUUUUCCAAUUAUUGUACUAUUAGUAUAAUAAUAUUGGUUUAUUGUUUGAUUACAUCACCAUUAUUAUUGUUCGGUAUACUAAUAUAUUCCAUUCUAUGUUAUACAAUUAUUAAACGUAAUCAAGAAUUGGAAUUAUUUGGUAAACCAUUUUCACGUAAUCAACAAUUGAUUACCGUUUCGGCUACAUUUCUUCCCAUUUUAUAUUUACUUGGUUUGACUGCCACAUUUUUUUGGCUGGUCGGUGCAUGUACAUUUGUAAUUGCAUUACAUGCAAUUUUUCAUGAAUCAAUGAAACUUCCUGUAGAUGAAAUGAAUGGUGUUAACAUUGAUGGUGAUAAUCGUGAUAAACGAUCAAUAACAAGUAGUGGUGGUGGAACAAUAACAACAACAACAACAUCGAAAAGCAAUGUUGAUAUAAAAGAAAUCAAAGAUGAUGAUGAUGAUGAUGAUGAUAAUGAUAAUGAUGAAAAAGUACCCGAACCACAUCCUAGACGAAAAAGUGAUUUAAAAAAUGAAGUAUUUUCCGUUUAAAUUAGACCAUUAUUACCUGAUUGUUGAUUGAUUGAUUGAUUGAUUGUUUUUGUUCAAUAAAUAAAAAUCUUUUUUGUUGUU